CCGCCGCCUCCGGGCCGUGGGGUCUACGUGCUCCCCAUCGGCGACGCGGACGCCACUGCAGCGGCCACCACGUCGUACAGGCAGGAAUUCCAAGCCUGGACAGCAGUGAAGCCAUCAAGACCCACAAAGGCCAAACCCACCACCGUCAUCACAACACAUUCCUCCAGAUGGGACAGCAGCCCUGGGGCCGGCUUCCAGGUCCCGGAGGUGAGAAAGAAGUUUGCGCCUAACCCCUCCGCCAUCUUUCAGGCUUCCGCUCCCCAGAUCCUCAAUGUGUGACAGCCGCCAGGAGGGGAGACCGCCAGGGUGCUGGGGUGAGGUCAGGGCAGGCUCCCAGCGGCCAGCGGGCCCUUCUCUCUGCGGCUCCUCUCCCCACAGCACGGGACCGCGGGCCUGGCGUAGGCAGAGGCGAUGGACGUGCACCGGCCCGCGCCCCUGCCAGCCCCACUGUCCUCCUCUCCCUCGGCAAGCGUGUGGAGGCUUCAGAUCUUUUUUGGAAUUGGCUCUUUUGGCCACAUUUCCAUUUUUUUUUUUAAAGAUUUAUUCAUAUAGAACUGGGGUACAGGUCAGAGAU